GAUGGCUCUAGAAAGUGACGAGCUCUCCACAGCUGUGAUGUCAAUCCACACCUCGGCUGUAUCUCGUGCGAGAGAAAGAGCUUGACAUAGAUAGUACGACAUCCUCUGACUACAUCUGUAGCUCCGACGCUGUCAGACAGUAAGCUCCAACAUCUCCAACAACUCAAUUUUGAAAGAAGUCGAUCACGAUGGGACAAAAGACUAAGCAAUGGCAAUUGGCUCACAAGCCAAGAGACGACCCUCAACUUGAGGGACCAGAGCAGACAUUCAAGCUCGUUGAAGAUGUCGAACUGCCCGACCUGCAAGACGAUGAAGUCCUCGUCAAGACUCUCUACCUCUCCAACGACCCUGCCCAGCGAGGUUGGAUCGAUCCCGACAUCCCACCAGAGCGCCUCUACCUCCCACCCGUCAAACUCGGAGCCCCCAUGUCCGCACGCGGUCUCGCCGAAGUAAUCGAAUCCAAAUCCUCCAAAUUCAAAAAAGGCGACACAGUCCUCGCUCCCACCAACUGGUCCGAAUACGCCAUCGCCAAAGACAGCUCUGUCCAACCCGCUCCCGACCUCCCCAACAACAUCAGCAAAACCGCCUACCUCGGCGCCCUCGGCAUGACCGGUCUGACAGCCUACUUCGGCCUCACAGGCGUCGCCAACACCACCAAAGACGACAUCGUCGUCAUCUCCGGCGCCGCAGGCGCCACCGGUUCCAUGGCCGUCCAAAUCGCCAAGAAAAUCAUCGGAGCGAAAAAAGUCAUCGGAAUGGCAGGUACCGAUGAGAAAUGUCGUUGGGUCGAAAAAAUCGGAGCGGAUGUUUGUUUGAAUUAUAAGAGUAAAACUUUUGCUGAGGAUUUGAAAGCUGCUACUCCAGCACCCGAAGGUUACGCGAACGUUUACUUUGAUAAUGUUGGAGGUGAGAUUUUGGAUCUCAUGUUUACGCGUAUGGGACAUGGUGGAAGGAUUAUUGCUUGUGGUGCUAUUUCGCAGUAUAAUACUGCGCAGGAACGUACGACGGGAUUGAAGAAUUGGUUUGAAGUUGUGAUUAUGCGGUUGAAUAUUAAGGGGUUUAUUGUGUUGGAUUUUAUGAAGGAUUUCCCGAAGGCGAUUGAGGUUUUUCAGCAGGCUUUGAAGGAGGGGAAAUUGGAUCUUGAGGGGGGAGAGACGGUUGUUAAGGGGAAGUUUGAGGAUAUUCCGAGGACUUGGACGAAGUUGUUUGAGGGGGGGAAUCAGGGGAAGUUGGUUACGCAGAUUGAGUAAGCUGUACACCUCCUUUGCUUUGAUGUGGAGUUGGUGAGCUGAGGCUUGAGGGUAGGGAACGAUCUAGUCGAGCUCGAUUGUAGGAACAACUUUCCGGCUUCGAAUGAACUGUUGCAAAAUUGGUUCGGCAA